ACACGCGCGCGCGCUGAAUGUGGGAGAGAAGUGGAGCAGAGCUCACGAGCUUUAACGGCAGCCUCGCGCCACGCUCUCACUCACACACUCACUCUCUCACUCACUCACUCACUCACAGCUCGCCGCGAGUCCGCGGAACACGAAGCUCUGCCUUCGAACCUCCUGAAGAAAAAGAAGAAGAAGAAGAAAAGAAGAAGAAGGGGUGUCCUCCACACACACGCCGCUUCAGAAAGCGAACUGUUUUUUUUCUUCUGAGCUGUUUCGUUUGAGCGUCUCUUUUCUCCGCCGUGGUGGAUUUUAAAGUCCCAGCCUGUGAAGUCCACCACCCCGCGGCUCCCAGACGGCUCCUAUCCGCGCGCUGUCACUCGGCAGGACGGUCACUCUACCGGACACUCACUUUCCGCACAGAAUGAAGUACAGCUGCAGGAAUCUUUGAAUUGAGUGGAGCAAGUACAGAGAAGAAAGCCAGGUUUGAGGAGACGCAAAAAGAAAAAAAAAAGAAACGGGAACAAAAGCAAAAAGUUAUCUCCUGAAAGAAGAGAGAGAAUAAAGGAAGGGGACAAUGGGGAGAAAAAAGAUUCAGAUCACGAGGAUUAUGGACGAACGCAACAGACAGGUGACUUUCACCAAGAGGAAGUUUGGCCUGAUGAAGAAGGCUUAUGAGCUGAGUGUGCUUUGUGACUGCGAGAUUGCCCUCAUCAUCUUCAACAGUACCAACAAGCUCUUCCAGUAUGCCAGCACCGACAUGGACAAAGUGCUGCUCAAGUACACUGAGUACAAUGAGCCCCAUGAGAGCAGGACCAACUCUGAUAUUGUGGAGACAUUGCGAAAGAAGGGCCUAAACGGGUGUGACAGCCCGGACCCAGACGCAGACGACUCAGCUGGUCACAGCCCUGAGUCCGAGGACAAGUAUCGCAAAAUCAACGAGGACAUAGACCUAAUGAUCAGCAGACAGAGACUGUGUGCUGUUCCCCCCUCCAACUACGAGAUGCCCGUGUCCAUCCCUGUGAGCAACCAGAUCUAUAGCCACCCUGGUGGUUCCCUAGGCAAUCAUAACCUGGUCCCAUUGGCCCACCACAGCCUACAGAGGAACAGCAUGUCCCCUGGAGUCACACACAGGCCUCCCAGUGCAGGUAGUCUUAUGGGGGCCGAUUUGACCACAGGCCCUGGCACCAGUGCUGGUAAGGAUGGCAUCCCCACCUACUACAGAAAUGGCUACGGAAACCACCGUAACUCUCCAGGCUUGCUGGUGUCCUCUGGAGGCAUGAACAAGAACAUGCAGGCUAAGUCUCCACCACCUAUGAACCUGGGCAUGAACAGCCGCAAACCUGACCUGCGCGUGCUCAUCCCACCUGGAGCCAAAAACAACAUGCCCUCCAUUUCUGAGGAUGUUGACCUUCUAUUGAACCAGAGAAUAACCAACUCACAGUCUGCACAGUCAUUGGCCACGCCAGUUGUUUCUGUGGCAACUCCAACUCUACCAGGCCAGGGAAUGGGUGGCUAUCCUUCAGCUAUCUCCACCUCAUAUGGUACCGAAUACUCUCUGAGCAGUGCCGACUUGUCAUCUAUAUCCGGUUUCAAUAGUGCCAACACCCUGCAUCUGGGCUCAAUGAGCGGCUGGCAGCAGCAGCACCUCCAAAACAUGCAGCACUCUGCUCUUGGCCAACUGGGAAAUUGCACUAGCACUCACUUAUGUCAGGGUUCAAAUCUCUCCCUGCCCUCUACUCAAAGCCUGCACAUCAAGUCCGAACCUGUUUCUCCUCCUAGAGACCGCUCCAGCAGCGCAACGCCUGCCGGCUACGCCCCGCCCCCUCCCCACCAGCAGCAGCACGGGGCCCCGCCCCCUCAGGCACGGCAGGACUCGGGCCGCUCACCGGCCGAUAGCCUCAGCAGCUGCGGCAGCUCACAUGAGGGCAGCGAACGGGAUGAGCACCGGCCUGAUUUCCACUCGCCCCUGGGAAUGGGCCGCCCCGGCCUGGACGAGUGCGACAGCCCAUCCGUCAAGCGAGUCCGCCUGUCCGAAGGCUGGGCCACAUGAUAAGCUCUGCCCCAACACCAACACCUCAACAGCCCUUUGACCUUGACCUCGGCCCACCUGCGAUGCAUAAUGCGCCGUCACGCCAUUCACACUCUCUUUUUCUGUCCUUUUCUGACGAGUUGUGACCCUCCCAGUCCUAUCAGUCAUUAUGUAAACAGGGAGGAGGUGUUUUCUCGAAAUUAGCUAUAAGGUUUUUGUUGUCCUUUUUUUUUGUGUCCAGUAUACAUAUUGAUGUAAAUGAUGGGUGUCGGUAGGGGAAAGGGUGAAGGGGCUAGUGUAAGAGGGUUAAGAACAAGGUUUUUAGUGGGCGGGGUUACUAUGCAUAACUUGUGCCGUGCGUGGAUUUGACUUUCAAGAAUUACCAUAUAUGCAUAUGCAUAUGUAUUUACACGUGUGUGUAGGUGUACAUAUAUGCAUAGUAACAAAAGCAACUAAAUGUCAGGUACUCUUGAUUUUUUUUUUUUUGUAAAAGUACUUUCCUCAGCGAUAUUCAGCCAUGGGAGAGAAGCUCAGCUGAGGACUUAUCGCCGAGUCGAGACAGGCUAGCACUUGAGUUGCUCUACCAAUACUAUGUGUACAGAUUCACUUUUCUUCGCCACUCUCUUCAGAGUGUUCCCUCGCUAAAUGUAUGUUAUGAUUGACAAUGUCAUGUUGCAGGUUCAACGUAUUGUACAUAGAGAGUGGGCGGGGACAAGGGGGAAAGGGUCGAGGUUGCCAGACAUUGCAGAUUUAACACAAAUGAAAGCUUUUAUGCAAGACUUUUUGCUUUUCAAAGGAUUGUACAGGUAUACAGCCCCUAGGUUUUAGUCAGGGAAAAGCAACCUUUCAGAUCAUUUUGACGAAUCAAGCUCUUCUGACGAGGAGCGUCAAUAGCAAGAUCGAACAGCAGUCGGUAGAUGAAGGACCAUACCUUAAAUUAAGAGCCAUGUUAGUUUAUUCUGAUUAAAUUAAAAACCUAGGACUUGCUUUAAAUGUUCAGUAUUUAAAAAAGGACAAAAAAGAAACAAUUGUAUGAUACACUUGCUUAUAUUUUCUUAUAAAAAGGAAUACAAUGCAAAGCAUUUUUGUGGCUUUUUGUAGUUUAUAUAAGCCAGAAUGUGUUUUGAUAGCUUUGCUUAUAUGAAAAACAAUAGUCGUACAAGAAGGAGUAACCUUGGGCUUUUCAAACCUAAGCCAUGACAUCUGAGAACCCUUGCUUUGCUCAACAGUUUGGAUUAUUUUGUUUUGUUUUGUUUUUUUUGUAGAGGUUUUUGUUUUUAAACGUGUAUUUCUAAUUAUAUUGAAUAAUAAUAUUAAGAUUCUUUUUAAAAAUCUGUGAAAUUAACAUGCUUGUGUAUAGCUUUCUAAUAUAUAAAUAUAUAUGAUAAUAAUUAUGGUCAUAGCAUUUUUUUUCAGUGUGAGGUUACAUAAGUACAGUUGCACAUGUUUGUUUUGUCUUUUAUUUUUCUUUCUUCUUGCUCCAUACAGAAUCUUUCAGGGGCAAACCCAGCCAAAAUGUCAGAUUCAGCUUCAGUUUUUCACCCAGCAAUUCAGCAAUGCUCAUGAAUAAGUACUUUGGGAAAGAUACAUAACAAUGGUAUGAUGUCACUCAGGUGAGGAAAGUGAAUCCACUGAAAUAAGCACACUUCUGAUCGGUAGUACUCCCAUUUUUACUUUGAAUGGUCAAGUAACAAGAGUCAAAAUCUUGUUAUUGACACAUUCAUCAAAGUUUGACAAUGAAAUUUCUUACUAGUUUCUGUACCAGUGGUUCACCUGCCUGUAUUUAUAUCUAAUAUUCAGUGAGCACAAGAUAUUUAUCCAAAUGUGUGCUUUGGUUAGGAAGAAGCACAACCUUUCUGAUAUUAAAAACCUUUAGUCUGUGAACACCAAAGCAGAAUAUAUUCAAACUCAAAUAAUGAACAGUUUCACUUGAAUUGACAUUGCACUGAAAGAUUUAACAGCAUGAGAGACGAGUAACGUUUUUUUCUAUUUGUUGUGCCGUCAUGGAUUCAAGGUUUUAUCUUAGCUGGUUUUGUGAAACCUUUGGUCAUAUGUGUCCAGCUAAUUUGUGCCGUCAUUAUCCAUUUCAGCAACACAAAGGCCAUUCAGUACACGAGGCCCAUUUCUUCUGAUCGUUACUACAUCACUGGAAACCAUCUUUUACAAUGUGCUUCAUAUGAUUCAGAGAUUGGACAUUUCUUGAUAUCUUUUCUACCAAAGACAUGGAGCAGAGUUCUUUUUGGCUUUGUUCUAGUCCAUUUUCUUUGGGUUUGAGAAACGUAUAUUUCUUUUGCUUUGGCUAAUUUCCAAUAAUACUGGUACCUCAUAUUCACCCUCCCAGUACCUCAAAUUACCAUUCAACCAAUCAUGACAAGAAAUGGGAUAUUAAAAUAAAAUUGAGAAAAAAAAAAAAGAACCCAAGUGUACAGUAUUGUGAAAUAUUAAGCCAUUGUUUGUUCUAUAAAUCUCACACAGCGUCCACGUAUGACUCCCUGGUUCAUCCUUUUUGGUUUGCUGUUGUUUUCCUUAAAAAAGUUGUUUCCAUUUAACAAAAAUACAAAUAAAAAAGUAAAAAAAAAAUCUGUAGUAACAAAUGUAGCUUGUAUAAACCUACCGUGGGUAAGGUUGAAAGGAAAUGUGUUUUUUCUGUUUCUCUGUCUUUUUUUCUUUAUCCUUUUUCUUUUUUCCUUUUUUUUUUUUUUUUUGAAACCAGGAGAAAGAGGCUUUCAGCGGCAUAAGCUGGACUUUGUCGCCACUUGAAGACAAGAUGUCAUUAAAUUAAAAAAACACAUCUCUGUAUCUCAAGGGACUUGAUUCAGCUGUAUGUAGUGAAAAAUUAAUGUAUGGAUUAAAAAAAUCGUUUCUCCUGCUGGGAUUCAAAAAAUGUAUUUGUAUUUUGCAGAGAAUUCAGUAAAGUUACUGGCUUUCUUAGUUA